AACUAUGGACUAGUCGAUGUGACGUUCUUCGGUGGAGCGAAGGUGUCGUGUCCGGCGUAGUCAACGCAAUGUUAGCAAGCAGAGUAAACCGAGAGACUCUUCUCUAUUUUCUGAUUAUUGUCCAACUGAUUCCCAUACUUUUCUGGUUGGGCAGAUCCAGUCGCAUAUUCAGCACUGUAAAAAAAGAUGACUCCUUAUUAGCUGCAGCUCUAUCGGAAACGAAUUGCCAACGUAUAGUGAUCAUUGGAGCUGGUCCAACAGGACUUGGAGCGGCCUAUAGGUUCUUUGAACACAAUAGAGAAGUCAUUGUUUUGGAAAUGGAGCAACAAGCUGGAGGACUGGCUAGCUCUUAUCGAGACGAUAAAGGCUUCUUGUGGGAUAAUGGUGGCCAUGUGGUGUUCUCUCACUACGAUUACUUCAGUAGAGUUUUAAAGAAAGGAGUCAGAGAUUGGAACAAGCGAUCUCGUGCAUCUUAUGCUUACAUGAUGGGAUCAAGUGGAAGGAGGAAAUUUAUUCCCUAUCCUGUGCAGCAUAAUAUUCAUGUCAUGGACAAGGAAGAGCAGCAGAGAAGUCUGAGAGGGUUGGAAGAAAUCAGUGCUCAUCCAUCUUCAUCCAAACCCCACAACUUUGACGAGUGGCUAGUUAAGAACUUUGGGGAAGGAUUAAGCGAGGUGUUUAUGAGAAAAUACAAUCGCAAGGUGUGGACAGUCGAUCCAAGAGAAAUGAACUCUGAUUGGGUAGGAGAACGUGUUGCUGUUCCAAAUGUCGAUGUCAUCAAAUCCAAGAUUGCCCAAUGGAAUCGUAAUCACACAAAUGCAAAGGACUCCAACUGGGGACCUAAUCAAAUGUUUGAAUUUCCGGCGCAUGGAGGAACCGGACAAAUUUGGAAAAGUGUUUCUGAACUUAUACCUCAAGGAUGGUUUCGUUUUGGCCAUGUGGUCACAACGGUCAAUUCAGAGAAGAAGGUUUUGGACAUUGUCACAACAAAUGGCCUGGCCUACUCUUUGAAAUACGAGUACUUGAUAUCCACUGCACCUCUUGACUACUUGCUCAGCAUGGUUGAGGACAACGAUCCUAAAUUAAGACAGUUGAGAGAAAAAUCACAGAAAUUCGUCUACUCCCACACUCAUGUCAUUGGAAUUGGACUCGAAGGACAACCUCCCCCAUUCCUGGCAGACAAGUCAUGGAUCUACUUUCCCGAUUCAGACAGUCCAUUUUACCGUAUUACUGUCUUUUCCAAUUAUGCUGACGACAACGUUCCAUCUCCUGGUAAAGUAUGGUCAUUAAUGUGUGAGGCAGCAGAACCCAAACAUGCUGAGGAUUCAUCAAAAUGGGAAGAAAAAUCUCUCGUCAAACACACCAUAGAUGCACUAGUCAGUUAUGGAUUCAUUGCUAGCAGUCAAGUGUUGUCCACCUACCACCGACGUUUAGAGCAUGGAUAUCCAGUACCAUUCCUGGAACGUGAACAGUAUUUGAGUCUAAUUCAGCCAUGGCUAGAAUCCAGGUCCAUCUUCUCAAGAGGUCGAUUCGGAGGAUGGAGAUACGAAGUUAGUAAUCAAGACCAUUCCCUCAUGCAGGGAGUAGAAGUUGCAGACUACAUAAUGUUCCGAACUCCUGAAGAGACUUAUCCCAACGCAAGUCUUGUCAACUCAAUGAAAGCGUCUGACAGACGUGUGUGUCAUCAUAAAGAUUACGAGAUAGUUGUGGCUCACUACAAUGAGGAUCUUCGUUGGUUGGCCCCAUACGCUGAUCACUGCCAUGUCUAUCACAAAGGUGGUAACAAUUGGAAAUCACCAGUGGAAUUCAAGCAAUGGGAUACACUACCCAAUGUUGGUCACGAAGGCCACACAUAUAUCUAUCACAUCAUUACCAACUACCAUUGUCUUGCCAACGUUACACUUUUUGUGCAAGGAGAAGUGAAAAGUCAUAUACACUGGAAAGGUGAUAACGAC